AUGCGUGCUCAGACUUUCCUUGCCGCCAUUGUGGCCUGCGCUUCCGUGGCCUCUGCCGCUCCGGUCGCCGUCGAGGCCUAUGGCCCUCCCAUCAGCCCUCACAUCAUCUCCAAGAAGGACACGGUUGAAGCCUACGGACCGCCUGUGAACCCCCACAUCCCCGCCGUCGAGUCAAAGAGAGACGGCGUCGAGGCCUACGGUCCCCCGACGAACCCUCACAUCAUCUCGAAGAAGGACGUUGUCGAGGCUUAUGGCCCUCCCAUCAGCCCGCACAUCAUCGCUAAAGAGUGA